AUGAUGGAUUUCUUUUACGAGCGUGCCUUUGUGCUCGCCGCCACGGCGCGCUCGCAUUCUCAGACCCUUCUGGUGAAUAUCCAGAGCCACGGACAACUCUCCUGGGUCGACGACGUCACCCAGUUCGCCGACUCGGACUACCUCCAGGUUUCUGUCCUCGUCUUUUCCGCCCUCUGGACCGCCUCCCGCCUCCUUCGCCGCCGCGCCAAGCCGUCGUCGUCAUCACCAUCACGGCCCGCCAUCCGUGCCGCAGCCAUCCGAUGGCCCUGGGAGCUUGCCUCCCAGCUUUCUCGCGCCGCAGCCCUGGCCUUUCUCGCCCUCGCCAGCGCCCGCGGCCAGACUCCAUGGAUCAACGCCUUGGCGGUGGCCUACGCCUUCGUUCUCGGCCUCUUGAGGCUCAUCAACGACCUGCAGUGGCGGCACAUCGCGCUGCACCAGGUCAACUUUGUCAUCUCGGCCGAGCUGCUGAUCCUGACCGCGUCAUCGGUCUUGCCGUGCAUUGAAGCGUCGACCGAGUGCGCCAUCGCAACCCCGGUCAGGGGCGGCCUUGCGAGCUUGGCGGCUGCCGUCGUCAUCGCCAUCACCACGCCGCGGGAAUGGGUGCCUCCGUCGCUGACGCACGACGUGCCGGAAGGGUACGAGGCCCGCGGGCCCGCGCCCGAGGAAAUUUGCAGCUGGGCAACGUACUAUCUCACCUUCGAGUGGCUCACGCCGUUGAUGUGGAAGGGCGCGCGCAAGGAGAUUGCGCUCGACGACCUGCCCCGCCUGCCGUGGUACGACGAGCCGCUGCUGCUGCUGGACAAGAUCAAGAAGGCGAGGGUCAAGGGCGUGACAACGACGUGGACGCUCUUCUACUUCCUGCGCAGCGAGGUGACGCUCAUGGCCUGCUACAUCUCCACUGCGUACGCCUGCGAGCUUAUUGCGCCCUACGGUCUGUACCAGCUGCUGGCUUACCUCGCAGACCCCAAGGGCGCCCUGAUUCGCCCCUGGCUCUGGCUGCUGCUCAUGUUCUGCGGCCCGCUAUCGCGUUCCGUCUUGUUCCAGCAGUAUGUCUUCACGUCGACUCGCUUGGUGGUCCGCCUGAGGUCCGCCUUGACUCAAGAGCUGUACCACCGGGCCAUGGGUUCCAUGGAGCUUGAAGAGGAUAUAUUUGCGCCCAAGGGAGACUCCGAAAAAGACAAGCAGAAGAAGGAUGCGAAGCCGGGCCAGUCCACGACCUCGGCCGGCCGCUUGGCCAACCUCAUGGCUGCGGACGUACAGGCCAUCUUUGGUUCGCGAGAUAUCGUCAUGGUCUCCAUGGGUGUGCCCACGGGCACCAUCAUCGCCUUUGUCGGCCUCUACAAGAUGCUCGGAUGGCCCGCCCUCGUGGGCACGGCUAUUCUAUUCCUCGCUGCGCCCAUGUCCGUCUUUGUGGCACAGCUGAUGGCCAAACAGACCAGGAAGGCAAGAAGAGCGCAGGACUCUCGCAUCUCGCUCGUGUCGGAAUACCUUGCCUCCAUUCGCGCCGUCAAGUACUUUGCGUGGGAGGAUGCCAUCAUCAAGACCAUUGAGGAAACGCGUGCCAACGAGCAGCGGGACCUCUGGCGCGUGUCGCUCAUCUACGUGACGCUGAACCAGAUCACCGCCCUCAUGCCCUACAUUGCCAUGAUUUCCAUGUUCACCCUCUAUGUGGGCGUGCGCGAGCAGCCCCUGACGGCCGCCACGGCCUUCACGACGACCUACCUCGUCAAGACCAUCCGCCGCAACGUGACACAGCUCGGCUUCCUGUCGAGGAACAUCACGAGCGCCAUGAUUGCCAUUGGCCGUCUGGAUCAGUACUUCCAAAGCACAACGCCGCUGGAGCAGUACCCCGAGGGGAGUCUCCAUAUCCAGGACGCGACGUUCCGGCGGAAUAAGGCAGCCUCGUUCCAGCUCAAGAACAUGUCGAUUGAUUUCGUUGACGGCGGACUCAACGUCGUAUCUGGCGCCAGUGGUAGCGGUAAGACAACUCUGCUGCUGGCGAUACUGGGAGAAACGAUCAAGGAGAGCGGCACAAUCACCCGGCCCAAGGACGUCGCGUUUGCGUCGCAGACGGCGUGGCUCCAGAACGAGAGCAUCAAGGAGAACAUCCUUUUCAAUAGCCCAUUUGAAGCGGUGCGCUACGACAACAUCGUCAACGCAUGCUGUUUGCCUGUCGACUUGCGGGAGAUGGACAACGGUGACCAGACCGUCGUCGGUGAGAACGGUGCCUCCCUCUCGGGAGGCCAGAAGGCGCGCGUGGCCCUGGCUAGAGCGCUGUACUCCAAGGCGCCGCUGCUCCUGCUCGACGACAUCUUCUCGGCCCUUGAUGCGAAGACUGCCGCGUCGCUCUGGGAGCGGUGUUUCUGCUCCGACUUGUUGAAGGGCCGGACUGUUGUGCUGGUAGCGCAGCAGCCUUGGGUUGCCGCACAAGCCGACGUGGCUGUGACGCUUGAGAACGGCGCAAUCAAGGACAUUGCACAGAACAUUGGCGUAGUCAGGCACCCCGUUGCUGUCGCCAAAGACAUUGAGGGCGAGAGCACUGAUGUCUCUGACAAUUCGGAUACAGAAGUCGAGACGCAAACGGAUCCUCUCAACAAUAAGAGUAAAGUCGCGGAUGACAAGGGGACCAAGGACGUGGUGGCUCAAGAGAUGAAAGCUAGCGGGAAGAGCGCCCGUUUGAUGUUCUUCAAGUACAUGACCUACUUUGGCGGACCGUGGUACGCCAUAUUCUGCAUAUUCAUGAUGCUCAUUUCGCAGCUCGCCGUCAUGGGCGGCUCCCUCUGGCUCUCCGUCUGGGUCGAGGCCUACAGCAAGGACGUCGCCGUCGACAUCGCCUUCUACCUGGGCAUCUACGCCGCCUUCACCGUCACCGAGUCGGUCCUCUACGCCGUCGUCUUCCUCGUGUUCGAGAACGGCGCCUGGCACGCCGCCCGCAAGCUGCACAACGACUUCAUCCGCGCCGUCAUGCGCGUCUCGCUUUCGUGGUACAAGAAAACGCCCGUCGGCCGCAUCAUCAACCGCUUCUCGAGCGACAUGUCGUCCCUUGACCUGACCGUCAGCCCGCAGCUUCGCGCGUUCCUCGAGAGCAGCAUCUCGUUAGUGAUCCGCAUCUUUGCGAUCAGCUCCAUCAUGCCCAUCUUCAUGCUCCCCGCGGCCGUGACCUGCUCUAUCGGCAUCGUUGUGGGCGAGAUAUACACGCGCACCGCCGUGACAAUCAAGCGCCUGGUGGCGUCGGCGCAGUCGCCCAUCUUCUCGCAGUUUGCGGAUACGUUGGCCGGGCUGGCCAUCAUUCGUGCGAGGAGCGGCAUGUCGCAGACGUUUGGCGACACGCUGGCGGACAAGAUGCGCGUCUGGUCGCGGGCGGCGGAGGCCAACUUCAACUGUAACCGAUGGGUGGCCAUGCGUGUGGAUGUGGUGACUGCCCUGGUCGGCCUCAGUGCAGGUAUCAUCGCCGUGUCCAAGGCUGGUGUCGUGGGCGCCGGUCUCGUGGGCUUCUCGCUCCAAAACGCCACGGGACUGAGCCAGACCAUCCUGCAACUGGUUCGCAGCAUGAACGACCUCGAGGUGGAGCUUCAAAGUUUCGUUCGCAUCAAGGAGUACGCUAGCCUCGAGGCCGAGGAGAAGGCGGACGACUCCUAUCCCGAGGAGGGCGAGUACACUGACGACCCGUCGCACGUUGUCCCCAAGAAGUGGCCUUCGACGGGCGAGAUCGAGUUCCGCAACGUCACGAUCCGAUACGACGAAGACGGGCCCAACAUCCUCACCGAUGUCAACCUUAAGUUCAAAGCCGGAGAGAGAGUUGCCAUUGUAGGCCGCACCGGUAGCGGCAAGUCUACGCUCGUUCUUUCCCUCCUGCGCUUCACGCACAUCGUCUCAGGCCAGAUCCUCUACGACGGCAUCGACAUCACCAAGAUCCCGCGCCGACGCCUCCGCGAGGCGCUGACCAUCAUCCCGCAGGAGGCCGUGCUCUUCAACGGAACGCUGAAAUCGAACCUCGACCCAACGGGCAAGAUCGCGGCGCCGGUGCUCGAGAGGGCGCUGGAGUCGUGCCAGGGCAUCGCGUCGUUCCAGUACCACUCGGAGGCGGACGCCGACGCCGCGGCGGCAGCCACCGCGGCGCUGGCGCCGGAUGCAUCCGGCCUGGCGCUCUCGACGACGGUCAACGCCAAGGGCGAGAACUUUUCGCACGGGCAGCGCCAGGUGCUCUCCCUGUGCCGCGCGCUGGUCCGGGGCAGCCGGCUGAUGCUGUUGGACGAGGCGACAGCGAGCAUGGAUUACGAGACGGACAAGGGCAUUCAGGCCGUGCUGCGGCGGGAGGUCGACGACGAGCGUACGCUGGUGACGAUUGCGCACAGGCUGAGGACGAUUGCGGACUACGACACGGUGGUGGUCAUGGGCGCCGGGCGGGUCGUCGAGGCCGGCCGGCCGGUGGAUCUGUACAAGGCACGGGGUGUGUUUUACGACAUGGUGUAUCACAGCGGCGAGAGGAGGGACCUAGAGGCGCUCUUCGGAGACGCGAAGGAGUAA